AAAGCAUUCCUGUUCCGUCAGUAAACGCGAGUGGUUGGUCUUCGAAAAAGAUUGAUUCGAAUGCAUUUCAAUAAAGGCAAUAUAUACAUAAAUGUAGUAAAUAUAUUGAAUGUGAAGAUUUCAAACCAAUUAAUAUUAAGUUCGAAACAAUAAGUUUUUAUUAAUUCUAAUUUGUAUCAAUUAAUGUACUUGGAAGCGUAGCCCCAUUUCGUGUUUAUAUAGUGAUUUUUGUGAAACACAAAUUUGUACUUACUCUCCACAAAAUGGAAAAUAAUUCAAAAAGUGAUAAUCAAAGAGCAGAUGAUCCGGCCGAUUUUGAGAAAGCCAUGGAAUCAACCGGUUUCGGGAGAUUCAAUUUAACUUUGCUUGUAGUUGGAAUAUUUGCAAGCUGUGCUUCUGUUUUCGAAACUACAACAAUGUCAUAUAUUCUUCCGAUAGCGGAAUGCGACCUUGAAAUGACUCUAUUCGAUAAAGGCGUAUUAAAUGCAGCCACAUAUGCGGGUAUGAUAACGUCAGCAAUUAUUUGGGGUUAUCUCGCGGACACAAUUGGCAGGAAAAAAGUUCUGGUUUAUGGUUAUUUGGCCGAUGCCGUUUGUGUUCUUUGCAGCUCCAUAACACAGAAUUUUCAAAUGCUUGUGGCAUUCAAAUUUCUUGGUGGUUUUAUCGUGAAUGGACCCGGCGCAGUACUCUUUACAUAUUUGACUGAAAUGCACAGCUCGAAGCACCGCCCACGUGUCCUUAUGAUUUUAGGAAUGAUUAUGUCAGUAGCAACUCUAAUUUUACCAUUAUUAUCAUGGGCGAUAUUCCCCAGGGAUUGGGAUUUUAUAUUAUUUGACACCAUUCGAGUGCACUGUUGGCAGAUAUUUUUGGCUGUAUGUAGUUUGCCGAGUUUGAUUGGUGGGUUAGGAUUAAUUACUUUGCCGGAAAGUCCAAAGUUUCUUAUGUCCCAAGGAAGGAAUGCUGAAGCUCUACAUGCCUUCCAGAAAAUUUAUUCUGCAAAUACGAGAAAGCCCAUGAACUCCUAUCCUAUCAAGGAGCUAGUUGAAGAAGUACCAAAUCGUAGUUCGAACGUAAAUGAGGUAGUUUUUACUGUGGAAAAUAAACCGGUUAAGCCGAAGUUUAAACGUGAACCCAGAACAUGUUCUCAAGCAUUCAACGAAGGUUUGCAACAGACCAAGCCCAUGUUCAAGAUGCCAUUAUUAGGACACUCGAUUCACGCAUACGCAAUGCAGUUUUGCAUUUUACUUGGUUUAAAUACGAUUAGACUUUGGCUGCCUCAGCUGUUUGCAUCAAUUGCUGAAUAUGAAGCCCUUGACAGUUCUAAUUCCAAUUCAGCUAACCUCUGCACAAUUCUCGAGUACAGCGUAAACAAAACUUCGGUGGCAACCAAUAUUUUAGAAAAGUGUGAUCAGCGACCGCAAGUGUCUAUGGAACUGUACACAAAUAAUAUAAUAGUUUCGGCAACUGGUUUGGUGGCUUACAGCUUCGCGGGAAUCGUAGUUCGAGUUUUGGGAGCAAAACGUCUGCUCACAUACGGAUUGUUAAUUUCCGGGGUUCUCGGCAUAUCACUAUAUUGGUCGGUAAAUGGUCUCACCACUCUGAUAAUAUCAUCUGCUUUUCUAGCAAUAGCCAGCGUGUCAACGUCAUCUCUAUUAGGAGUCGUAAUUAAUGUUUUUCCAACUUCUUUACGAUCGCUAGUUGUUGCUAUAGCAAUGAUGUUUGGUCGCUUGGGUGCUUUAUCUGGAAAUAUGUUAUUUCCGAUUUUUAUGGAAAUGGGUUGCAUACAACCUUUCCUUAUGGUCGGCAUUGUAUUGCUGGUUGCGAGCGCUUUGUCCUGCAUUUUGCCAAACCCCAAGAAAAUCAUCAUGAAAUAAUCCUGAUAUACUAAUUAUGGAAAAUAAAUUUCCCAUAAUGUAGAGAAUUAUUUCUACUAAUAGGCUUAUUAAAGUUAUUUAUUUCAAUCAUUUUUAACAACUUUCUACAGUUUAUUUUAGGCUAAAUUAAAAAAUAAGUAAAUAAAUAUGUAUAUGUACUUACCCAGUUGAAAAAAGUCUUGUGGAAUCGAGAAGUACCUAUGAAGUACGUGUAGGUAUGGCGGUUUUUGGAAUAGUUUCGUAAUUAACAUCUAUUUAUAAACGUGUAAUUGAAUUUUUAUGAUAUGUAUUUAUAUUUUAUAUUUUAAUUAACCUGUAGAGUACGUUAUUUUUAUUUAAUA